UAUAAAAUUGACUAUGCAGAGAUGAAGACCUUGGAAAACAGCUUUAUCUGUGGGACAUUAGCUUUUGGUUUCUAUCUGCCUUUGUUGGCAGCUUCCCUUGAGACAGUUACCAUCCCAGAGCAGCUAAAGUCAGCAGUUGCUAAGGUCUUGGUCAGCACCACAUCCUGCAGUGUCACCUGUGGCCUGGGCUUCAAAGUGGAGGAGAUAUGUCAGAUUGAUCCGCAUGGGAAAAGGAGUCAUUGUAACUUCCGCAGGUCAGACUGCCUGACCAACUGGAUCUGUGGGUUACUCCAUUUCACUGUCCCCACUGGCAAACCAUUUAAGCUCAGCUGCCUGACCUCUGAGAUGAUUGGUGUUGGCAGCCAGGCCUUUAUCUACACCUGGAGGCUUGCCAGAGGCAUAAUCACCACAGAUGAUCUGCUUUUCAAACCUUUCAAGACCCCAAGCUAUGUCAUCAAACUUUCCCCUGCCAAAGAAUCUGAUGCAGGGACUUACAGGUGUGAUGUGCAGCUGAUGAAGACAUUCAAGCUUGUCAAGCGAAUCUACUUUGGGCUUCGAGUGAUCCCUAAUGACUUAGUGGAUCUGAACUUUCAAAAAUCCUUGACUCUGGAACAGAAACUAGCAGCAAAUGAAAAGGAAGGAAACCAACAGAAUGGUACCAGCGUCGUAGUACAAUGGCAUCAGCAGUCUUGGCAAAGAAGGGCCUUGUUGGUGUUCCUGAUAGGAAUUGGAAGUGGGGUAGCAGGAGGUGUGUUGGUGGGCACAGUUCUCUACCUUUUGCUGGAGGCUCGCAGGAAAAAUAGAGCCACAGAGGAGUGAACUGCUUUUUAAUGUGGUCUCUUCCGACAGAGGGAUAGCUUAUUGCAAUACUUAUGCUGUCUUAGUGGCAGUAUUUCAA